CAGCCAUGGAGAACGCGCACACAAAGACGGUGGAGGAGGUGCUGGGCCACUUCGGCGUCAACGAGAGCACGGGGCUGAGCCUGGAGCAGGUCAAGAAGCUCAAGGAGAGAUGGGGCUCCAACGAGUUACCGGCUGAAGAAGGGAAAACCUUGCUGGAACUUGUGAUUGAGCAGUUUGAAGACUUACUAGUUAGAAUUUUAUUGCUGGCAGCAUGUAUAUCUUUUGUUUUGGCUUGGUUUGAAGAAGGUGAAGAAACAAUUACAGCCUUUGUAGAACCCUUUGUAAUUUUACUUAUAUUAGUAGCAAAUGCAAUUGUGGGUGUAUGGCAGGAAAGAAAUGCUGAAAAUGCAAUCGAAGCCCUUAAGGAGUAUGAGCCUGAAAUGGGCAAGGUAUAUCGACAGGACAGAAAGAGUGUACAGCGGAUUAAAGCUAAGGACAUAGUUCCUGGUGAUAUUGUAGAAAUUGCUGUUGGUGACAAAGUUCCUGCUGAUAUAAGAUUAACUUCCAUCAAAUCUACUACUCUAAGAGUUGACCAGUCAAUUCUCACAGGUGAAUCUGUCUCUGUCAUCAAGCACACUGACCCUGUCCCUGACCCACGGGCUGUCAACCAAGAUAAGAAGAACAUGCUCUUUUCUGGCACAAACAUUGCUGCUGGCAAAGCUAUGGGAGUGGUUGUGGCAACUGGAGUUAACACUGAGAUUGGCAAGAUCCGGGAUGAAAUGGUGGCAACGGAACAGGAGAGAACACCUCUCCAGCAGAAACUAGAUGAGUUUGGGGAACAGCUUUCCAAAGUCAUCUCCCUUAUUUGCAUUGCAGUCUGGAUCAUAAACAUUGGGCACUUCAAUGACCCAGUUCAUGGAGGCUCCUGGAUCAGAGGUGCUAUUUACUACUUUAAAAUUGCAGUGGCCCUGGCUGUAGCAGCCAUUCCUGAAGGUCUACCUGCUGUCAUCACCACCUGCCUGGCUCUUGGAACUCGCAGAAUGGCAAAGAAAAAUGCCAUUGUUCGAAGCCUCCCCUCAGUAGAAACCCUUGGUUGUACUUCUGUUAUCUGCUCAGACAAGACUGGUACACUUACAACAAACCAGAUGUCAGUCUGCAGGAUGUUCAUUCUGGACAAAGUUGAAGGUGAUACUUGUUCCCUUAACGAGUUUACCAUAACUGGAUCAACAUAUGCACCUAUUGGAGAAGUGCAUAAAGAUGAUAAACCAGUGAAAUGUCAUCAAUAUGAUGGUCUUGUAGAAUUGGCAACAAUUUGUGCUCUUUGUAAUGACUCUGCUUUGGAUUACAAUGAGGCAAAGGGUGUGUAUGAAAAAGUUGGAGAAGCUACAGAGACGGCUCUCACUUGCCUGGUAGAGAAGAUGAAUGUAUUUGAUACCGAAUUGAAAGGUCUUUCUAAAAUAGAACGAGCAAAUGCCUGCAACUCGGUCAUUAAACAGUUAAUGAAAAAAGAAUUUACUCUAGAGUUUUCACGUGAUAGAAAAUCAAUGUCAGUUUAUUGUACACCAAACAAACCGAGCCGGACAUCGAUGAGCAAAAUGUUUGUGAAGGGUGCUCCCGAAGGUGUCAUCGAUAGGUGCACCCACAUUCGAGUUGGAAGUACUAAAGUUCCUAUGAUCCCUGGAGUCAAACAGAAGAUCAUGUCUGUUAUUCGGGAAUGGGGGAGUGGCAGCGACACACUGCGAUGCCUGGCUCUGGCCACUCAUGACAACCCACUGAGAAGAGAAGAAAUGAACCUGGAGGACUCUGCCAACUUUAUUAAAUAUGAGACCAAUCUGACUUUCGUUGGCUGUGUGGGCAUGCUGGACCCUCCAAGAAUUGAAGUGGCCUCUUCUGUGAAGCUGUGCCGGCAAGCAGGCAUCCGGGUCAUCAUGAUCACGGGGGACAACAAGGGCACCGCUGUGGCCAUCUGUCGCCGCAUUGGCAUCUUCAGGCAGGACGAGGAUGUGACGUCAAAGGCUUUUACAGGUCGGGAGUUUGAUGAGCUCAGUCCUUCAGCCCAGAGAGAUGCCUGCUUGAAUGCCCGCUGUUUUGCUCGAGUUGAACCUUCCCACAAGUCUAAAAUUGUAGAGUUUCUUCAGUCUUUUGAUGAGAUUACAGCUAUGACUGGGGAUGGUGUGAAUGAUGCUCCUGCCCUGAAGAAAUCCGAGAUUGGCAUUGCCAUGGGCUCUGGCACUGCAGUGGCUAAAACCGCCUCCGAGAUGGUCCUGGCUGAUGACAACUUCUCCACCAUUGUGGCUGCCGUCGAGGAGGGGCGGGCAAUAUACAACAACAUGAAGCAGUUCAUCCGCUACCUCAUCUCGUCGAACGUGGGGGAAGUUGUCUGUAUUUUCCUGACAGCAGCCCUUGGAUUUCCUGAGGCUUUAAUUCCUGUCCAGCUGCUCUGGGUCAAUCUGGUGACAGAUGGCCUGCCUGCCACGGCGCUGGGGUUCAACCCUCCUGAUCUAGACAUCAUGAACAAACCACCCCGGAACCCGAAGGAACCACUGAUCAGUGGGUGGCUCUUUUUCCGUUACCUGGCUAUUGGCUGUUACGUCGGCGCUGCUACUGUGGGUGCUGCUGCAUGGUGGUUCAUUGCUGCUGACGGUGGUCCAAGAGUGUCCUUCUACCAGCUGAGUCAUUUCCUACAGUGUAAAGAGGACAACCCAGACUUUGAAGGAGUGGAUUGUGCAGUCUUUGAAUCCCCGUAUCCGAUGACAAUGGCACUCUCUGUUCUAGUAACCAUAGAGAUGUGUAAUGCCCUCAACAGCUUGUCUGAAAACCAGUCCCUGCUGAGGAUGCCCCCUUGGGAGAAUAUCUGGCUUGUGGGCUCCAUCUGCCUGUCCAUGUCGCUCCACUUCUUAAUCCUCUAUGUGGAACCCUUGCCUCUUAUCUUCCAGAUCACACCGCUGAAUUUGACCCAGUGGCUGAUGGUGCUGAAAAUCUCCUUGCCUGUGAUUCUAAUGGAUGAGACGCUCAAGUUUGUGGCCCGCAACUACUUGGAACCUGGUAAAGAGUGUGUGCAGCCUGCCACCAAAUCCUGCUCGUUCUCGGCAUGCACCGAUGGGAUUUCCUGGCCGUUUGUGCUGCUCAUAAUGCCCCUGGUGAUCUGGGUCUAUAGCACAGACACUAACUUUAGUGACAUGUUUUGGUCUUGACUGACAGUUUUACAUAAAGAAGAUGUUUAACUUAAUCAAUUAAUUUUUUAUUGUUUAAAGCAACUGUCUACUUCUGCUGAAUUUUCACAUGAACAUAUUGGCUGGUGAAGGUUUCAUACUCUAGAUUUUGUUUCGCUUUUUCUGACUCCAGUGGGGCAAGAUUUUCCUUUUUUAUACACAUAAUUAAAGUGUCCAUUGACAUGUACAGAGAACUAACACUAUUUUAUGCAAAUAUUUUUUUGUAGAUGAAAAAAGCAUGUACAGUGUUCUGUUUAAUACUCAUCCUUGUAUAAAAAAAAUAGUUGAGCCAGCAGACAUUGUCAGCAAAUUAAUUGGCAGCAGAUUUUAGGAAAUGAAUGUGUGUGGUUUUUUCUAAAACUAAAUAGCAUGUAUUGUGUCUUUUGCAUGAUCAUCUGGAUUUAAUCUGAGAUCACAGUCUAAUUUUUAUUCAUAAGCCAAUUUUUCUGCACUGAGCAGAGUACUGCUACCUCAGUCAGUAUUUUUUGGUUUGCCACUCCCCUCGCCCACCUCAGCCCUCACUCACCCCCACCCCCACCCCCACCCCGGUCCCGCUCGGCUGCUGCUCCUGUAGGGUUUCGAUGGUUCUGUUUACAUCAGUCUUAACAAGAGGUAUGCCUGUUCUCGCUUGUGCAGAAAACAUUGUUCCAGAUUCAAUCGACUGGGCUCAUGUCCCCUCACAUAGUUUUUAAGGUUAUUUAUUUAAAUGUCUAAUGUAUUUUAUUGUAACAGACAUUGUUUUGCCAACAUUGCCUAUUUCAGUGGCACUUCACAAUCUAGUUUAAAAAGAAAAAUAAAACAUUUUAAAUGGACAGAACAAUAACUGUCUUGUUUUUAACUCUUAAGUGGCUUAGCUUGAACUCUGUAUUGGAUGUGUCCAACUUUCUCUUAAUUUGUUAGCUCAGAACUUUAGUUUUACUUUGCUUCAGGGGAAGAAGGAUCCUGUUCUGCUGCAUAGGUAGUUGUAGGAAUUUUAUUUUUUAAUGUAUAGGCAGUAAUUGUCAUCUGUGAUACAUUUUGUGCAAGUUUCUGCUGGCCUGUUUUAGCCUGGUGUAGAGAACAUAAGGGGCAAGCGUGUGUGUUUGUAUGUGCGUGUGUUUUGUAAAAUCUGUAAAUAGCACAUGACCAAAUGAACAUAUUGUAUAGAACUAUUUUUAUUUGAAUGUGGCACUAACCACCACCAUUGUUACUAUGAUAAAUGUUUGCGCAUGUUCGACAUCAGUCUUACCGACAGUGUAUGAGUCAUUAACAGUCCUAACUGUGGUGUUUUCCUCCAAUGCCUUCCAACAUCCAUCAACUAACGUGAGUAUUCCCUGGAAUUUGGAUGCUUUAGCCUAAAGGUGACUGCCACCAAGUGAGUUAGCUGUAUGACACUAAGGAAUAAGCCCCUUGUGUCACAAACUGCAGUCUUCUGUGACUGUCCCAGAGAGCAACAGGCACACAAUGCAUGGCACCUGUACACACAGGGACCAGGUUAGCCAACCCCGGGUGUGAUACCCGGAGACUCCACACUCUGCCAGGACAGUGGCACAGCCAGAUGUCAGGGAGGACCUGAGGGAAGAGAAACUCAUUCUGUUUUGGUCAGACUGACAGGCUGAGGGGCUGUCCCGUGCUAGUGCCAAGAUGAAGAGUCACAAAACUUCCUGUGGUUCUUUUGAUCUGUUAGCUGCAAGAACGCAUCCCAGAAUCUCGCUACCUGGUUCAUUAAAAAGCAAAAAGCUAGUGAAAGCAAGUAACCAAACCAGUGAACUCACGCACCCAUAGGUUCAUCUUAAAUAGGCCACCUUUCUGUACCUUCUGGGUCAUAUCCUUUGCGGCUGAGGCUUGUCUUCUCUCUCCAGGGUACAGGAAAGCACAGUUAUGAGGACAUGGCUCUGCUCAGCCAGCAGACAGCCAGCCUAGUCAUUAGCCAGGGUGAAGGAGGCCUAGGCACUUCCUUCCUUGUAUUCAGUGGGCUGGCAGCUCCCUCCCUGUGAGGCCGAGUGUUCUUGCGAAGGCAUUUGGGCCCUGCUUACUGGGCCAGCCAGAAGAUGUGAUAUAAAUGCUUGGAAUUUGGGGGGAAAGUUAAUGGGUCUCAAGCAGGACAAGGUGCUGCCAAGUUCAGAGGUCUUGAGUGUAAAGGGAGGGCAGUGAAACAUGGAGACUGACUCUAAAUGCAGAGUCCUGGCCUGGCUCACCGAGGCCUCUCUCAGAGGAAAGGAGGUUGGUUUGCUUGGCAGAGAAUGGGGGAUAGGUUUUGUCAGUUUUAGUAUCAUGAGGCACAAAAAGAAAUGGGUUGAGUGGAUCAAAUGCAAGGAGUGCGUCUUGGCUGCACACCAAAACAGGAUGUCUAAACUUGUUAGGUGGUGUGCUAUUCAGUGGCAACCAAACUAACCAAAUAGUCAACUUUUCCUGACUCAGUUCUUUGAUUUAGUGGCCUGUACAAAAUAAGUGGAAUGGUGUGGGCUACUAUAGUAGGAGACAUGCACAGCCCCAGAUGGCCCCAGGCCGGCUGUUGCCUUGUCGUUUGUCAUCUUCAGGCCCGUCCAGCCCACAGAGGUGGUUUGGGCGCCCACUUCCCUCAGCCCAGACAGCUGGGAGUGAGGAAGACCCACUGCUGCCUCUAGCAGAGUCCCUUUGUCCACUCUGCCUCAGGCUCUGCCACUGAAAAACAUGUCCGAAUUGGCGCCGCCUCAGCAUUCGUGCCACUGCGGGCACAUCCCUGGCCUCGGGCCUCCAUCAUGCAGUGAGCGGCAGGGACCCAGCCCCAUCCUCACCCAGCACCUGCAGGAGGGCACUGUCAGACUCUGCUUUUGCUGCCACCAGUAACAGGAUGGGGCGGCGGCGUCCUCAGACCCACCAUGCAUGUGCUGUCAGGCAGCUGUCACCUGAAACUCACUCCAGGUUCUUUCCCAAUGGGCAGGUGGGCCAAAGGCCCAUCCUAUCGGCAUUCUGCUUUUUGCCGUCCCCCAUGCCUCACCCAGUCUCUUGGACAGAGCUUGGUCUGGAGGGUGGCAGUCUCCCACCUCCCCUAACUGGGGUACCACUCCAGCAGCUCAUCCUGCAUCUGCACAGUGCAGGUGAUGCGUCCUAUUGGGAGAACCACAUGAGCUCACAGGCACGCAAGGCAACUGCCAGCCUCUCCCUCACAAGCAGCUGCUACCACAUUGCCCUCAAACUGGGGCCUUAGCCCCCUGAAUGUCUGUGUGGUGGGCAGACCUCAGCAAUAGCUGUGACCACAGGCAUUAGCUCAGUGUCUGCCAAGCACCUGCCCACUGCCUGGAGCCAGAGCCUGCUGUGUCUGCAGUAGCCAUGAGCUAAGUCAGCAUCCAACACAUUUUUAAUUGAACCAUCAAAUUUUGUCAGAACCACCGCCCUGCAGUCAACAAUGAGGGUAGUCUCCAGCCUUCUUUAUUGAAAGGGAACGGUGAGAAGCAGCUGAGGUGCAGCAGUUCCCCUUCUAGGACUUGGCGGGGUUGCCCCUGCAGCCCAGAGGCUGAUAGCCAGGGAAGGAAGCAGGGCGCUAGAGGCUUGGCGCUGAUUGCUACACUACUCACUGCUGCUUCAUCUUCCUUACCCUCUGCACUGCUAACCAGGAACUUCUCCUCUUGCCCAUCUCACUUCUGUUACGCCAGAAGCAGGCCAGUGUCUGCCUGCUGGGAUGCUCCUGUGAGCCAGGGGCAGCCUUUGCUCUGUAGCCGGACAACGAAGGGUCUGUAUUGCUGAGCCACUGCCCCCUGUGUGGGCAACUCCUCAGAGGCAGUUAAUCAGAAAUCCUGGUCUUAAAAUCUUAAAAGAUCAAACAACAUUCCUUUUCAUCUGUCACUAUUAAUCUUAGUCUUAAAUAGUUAUUCUGACAUUUCCUCCCCAUAUUUCAUAAAGCUGAUUUCCUGUCUCUUUCCUUUUCAGCAAUACUGGAGUAACCGCUUCCUAAACCAUUUUGCAGAAAUAUAAGGGUGUUCGGUUGCGUGCAUGUACGUUUUUAGCAACACAUCUGCCAGCCCUCUGCAUGAUUGAUGUUGGGGGAAAUGAAAAGUAGAAAAAAGUCCCCAACUCAUUGUGUGCUAUGUGGAGGAGACGCGUAUUACCAAUGGGGUUUUUAGCUUUUAAAUCAAAAUAAUAAUUAUAAAUGUAUAAUUUAGGUUAAUGAAUCAGAAAGCCUCUCCAGAGAAUUUUGGUUUCUUUGCUGCAAGAAGAAUGAGGUUUUGAAACCUUAUCCAAGAACUUAGAAGCCAUCAGCCAAGGCUCCAUAUUUCUCUGUACAAAAUGUCAUAGUUUAUAUAAAUGUACAAUAUUAAAUUGUAAUGCAUGCCUUCAGUUGUAAGUAGCCAGACUUCUCUGUGGUGUCAUUGAAACAUGCUACUUUUUAAUUGGCCCUGUACAGUUUGCUUAUUUAUAAAUUUAUUGAAAAACACUACAGGUGUUAAAUGGUUAAAAUGUAGGCCUUCGGUUCAUAACUUCAGUUAUUUUUCUGAGUGUGCAAACAGCUAUUUUGCACUGUAUUAAAUGUAACUUAUUUAAUGAAAUCAGAAGCAGUAGACAGAUGUUGGUGCAAUACAAAUAUUGUGAUGCAUUUAUCUUAAUAAAAUGCUAAACGUCAACUUAUCACAACGCAUGUUUGACUUUAGACUGUAAAUAGACGUCAGUUGUUUAUUUCUGUGCUGGUAACAAAAAGCAUUGCACAGACAUGGUUUCAGGUAAAUAAAUCUAUUCUACGAUAA